UCUCUCUUUUCUCCUGCUUUGCUGAGUUUACCCUCAUAACACUUCUGGUGCGACCAGCUGUUGUGUCAGGCGUUUCCGAUGUAGCUCUCCUGAAGCCAUUAUAAACCAUCUUAGUUUGACAACAUUACAGUGUCGUUGUCCUUCGUGAGUUUUAUUUAUUUUAUGUAUUUAUUCCAUCCAAAUUCAUCGAGGUUCUUUAAAGUUUGAUAUCGUUUAACGAUAUUCUGAGUGUAUGUGCGUUUAAAGGCGCACAACAUACAUUGAUAUAUAUAUAUAUAUAAAUAUAUAUAAAUAUAUAUAUCAUAACCGCCAGCUUAACACAUACGGUAUGCACGUACAUAACCGCACACGCAAACAUUGUUAAGUGAGAGUAAAUAUGCAAGAAAACUGAACGUAAAACAUGGAAAAACUUAAAAAUAACGAUGGGGCAGGUUUGUUGAGACAAGCAGCAAUCAUAAGUCAUUCUGUGUUGCGACUUGACUAUUAUUAAUUCUUCACGUCCAUUCUCUUACAUAUUUUUGUCCCAUCAAAUUCACUUUCUCGUUACUUUUCUCUUACACACUCACACACACACACACAAUUGAAAAGACAAAAACAAAUAGCAAUCACUUUUCAUUCGCUUUACUUACCAACUACCUCUUCCUCCCCAUUAUUAUUACUACUACUACCACCACCACCACCACCACCCAGUUCUUAUUUAGAUUGUUUUUCUUCAUUAAGUUUGUCUUAUUUCGUUUCCUUAAAAAUACUUUUUUUUUUCCAAAACUUUGUAAACAACUUUUACUGCCAACCGAUUCCUCCUCCACCUCUCUCUGUUUUCUCUUUCUUUCUUUCCAUCUCUUCUAGCUUUCUUCUUUUCAUUCUCUCUUUUUAUUUAUGUCAGAGUUUAUUUCUAGCAUUUCAGCAUAGAAAACAAACUAUAUAUAUACAUAUACACACACACACACACACACACACACACACACACACACACACACACACGUUUGUGUGUAUGUAAACAUCUAAAAGCCAAGUAAGUCUGCACACAGUCGCAGUAAAUUCAACCGCACAUACUAACAAGAAGACCGAAACUAAAGAAAAAAAAAACUGGUAGGAGUACAUUCGGAUCAGAUUCCACCAGAGUAGUGCUUUUGAGUAAUUUUAAUUACUUCUAGUGCACUGCUUUCUAGCUGUUAGCCUGUGUAUCUAUCCAUCUAUCUAUCAUCCUCUUCUCCCUCUCUCCCUUUUAGUUCUUGCUCUCAGUAAAAUGGACCGCCGAGAUCACAUGGAUACCGGAGGUUCACUACAAACAUGUAACCCAAACACAGGAAACCCCGGCUCGGACUAUGGUAGCAUGGCUAUGCGUUAUUUGUCACGGCCGUCACCUCGGACUUACGAUUGUAUGCAAGUAGGGGGUAUGACUGCUGGGGCGUUAGGGUAUUCUUCUUACCCGACAGAUUUUGGGUUAGUGCAAUCAGCUGCAUAUUUAAGGAAUGUGUUCAAUGCAACAAACAAUUCAUUUCUAGCUCCACCUCCGCACACCAACGCAGGUGGGGUUGGAUCACUAGUGGACAUACCCGACGGAUAUUGCGGGGUUAAUGUAGCGGCUAAAGAAAAUGCCACGAAUCAACACCUCCAUCCGGCUUACAUGGGAGGACACAACACACACAGUUCAGGUCUACCUACAAUGGUGAAACAUGAUUACUAUUCUGCACUCCAAGAUGUAAAUACAUAUGGAGGACGCUUACCUGCUUCCCCCGGAUCUAACCAUUCUUCCAGAGAAGGUAGCCCCAACACAGACGGAUAUUGCAACACGGAUAACGAUAAAGACGAUGCAGCAUCAGAUUCAUUCAAAUUAAACUUCAAUGUGAAACCUAGAAAAGAGAGGACAGCCUUUACGAAAAAUCAAAUACGCGAAUUAGAAAAUGAAUUUUCACGACAAAAUUAUUUGACCAGAUUAAGACGUUAUGAAAUUGCAGUGUCUUUGAGUCUAACAGAAAGACAGGUCAAAGUGUGGUUUCAAAAUCGUCGAAUGAAAUGGAAAAGAGUGAAAGGAACAAAACUAGUAAAAGACAAAGUUGAUGGUCAAAUCAAACCAAUAAUGGCGCCUUCGAUCACAUCGACGAGUUAAUUUUAUUAAAAAAAAAAAAUCAAAGACUUACCAAGGUUUAAUCAAAGAGACAAAAAUUUAAAUGCAUAUUUCCGAGCAAAGAAAAAUGCAACAGAUUUCCCAAAAGAGCAGAAUGUGCAUAUAUACAUCCUUGUAUGUAGAGAUUAUGUAUGACUAAAUGUGUAUGAGUGUGCGUAAGUUAAAGGCUGCAGUUACUUAAGCUUGGUAUAUGUGCCAAAGGAAUCACGGUAGGGAAAUACUUUGGCAUUUUCAAGAGCCAUGGAUAUGAUUUUUUUUUUUUUACUUUUACUUUUUUACAGACAUUUUACCUAUUUUCUCAAUAUAAAAUAAAAGAUUAAAACAACGCAA